GGCGGAGCGCGCGGGAGAUCUCGCAAGGCAGCUGAGCCGGCAGGAGAACCGACCCGCGACCGGCCCGACGUGGGGCUACGAAGGAGGGCUGAGGUAGUCCAAGUCGACAGCAAGCACGUUGAAAUGUGUUGCUAUCGCUGUGUCUCUGGAAGUUCUUCGUGCUCGUGGUGAACCCAGUGAGGAAAUGGACUUGGAUCAACUGGACCUAAACCCCAGAAUUACUGCUGCAGUUAAGAAGGGUAGAUUGAAGUCGGUGAAGGAGGUUCUGUGCUACUCGGGACCAGAUUUGCAGAGGCUCACCAGCCUGCCCACCCACGACGUGCAGCAUCUGCUGAGAGCGGCCGCUCUGCACCUUCAGGGCAACCGUGUCCUUACAGCAUUGCAGCUGUUCCAGCAGAGGGAGCGCUUCCCUGAGCAGCAUCAACGCCUGAGCCUGGGCUGCCCUGUCCUGGAUCAGUUCCUUGGUGGCGGCUUGCCCCUGGAGGGCAUCACUGACCUGGCUGGCCGCAGCUCGGCAGGGAAGACCCAGCUGGCGCUACAGCUUUGCCUGACUGUACAAUUCCCACGGCAAUAUGGAGGCCUGGAGGCGGGGGCCGUCUACAUUUGCACAGAGGAUGUCUUCCCCAGCAAGCGGCUGUGGCAGCUCAUUGAACAGCAACAGCAGCUGCGGACAGAUGUGCCUGGGGAGGUGGUCCAGAAGAUCAAGUUCGGCAACCACAUCUUCAUUGAGCAUGCGGCCGAUGUGGACACCUUGUUGGAGUGUGUGAGUAAGAGGGUCCCUAUUCUGCUGUCAAGGGGAAUGGCCCGCCUGGUGGUGGUUGACUCUGUUGCAGCCCCAUUUCGUUGUGAGUACGAUGUUCAGGCCUUGGCCACCAGGGCCAAGCACCUGCGGUCACUGGGGACCACGCUCCGAAGACUGAGCAGCACUUUCCGGAGCCCUGUGCUGUGCAUCAACCAGGUGACAGAGAUGGUGGAGGAGCAAGAGUCUAUGCUCAGGCCACUGGGGGCCUGGGACGAGCACCUCUCUCCAGCCCUUGGCAUCACCUGGGCUGACCAGCUCCUGAUGAGACUGAUGGUUGACCGGGUCCGUGAGGAUGACGCCACUAUGGGCUUGCCCGGGAGCCCAGCUCGGGCUCUACGAGUGCUCUUCGCCCCCCACCUGCCCCUCUCUUCCUGUCGCUACACAGUCGGUGGGGAAGGCAUUAGAGGGAUACCAGGAACUGAGUCCUGCUAACAGUGGCCCAGCGGAUCACCCUGACUCUGAUGAGUCCUUCCAACCGUGUUAGCACCUGGUGGACAGAUACCCACUGCCACUUAGCAUCUGCUCUCCCUGGGAUUCGCCUACUGCUGAGCCGUGGAGUUUGGCCCCACACAUUGCCCUUUAGAGCAGUAGUUCUCACCUGGGGGUCAAACAACUCACAGGAGUCACCCGAGACCAUCAGAAAACACAGAUAUUCACAUAGCGAUCAAAAUUACAGUUAUGAAGUAGCAAUGAAAUAACUUUGUGGUUGGGGGUCACCACAACCUGAGGAACUGUAUUUAAGGGUCUCAGCAUUGGAAGAUUUGAGAACCACUCGCUUAGAAGAUGAAUGACCCACCAAGGCUCAGCUCUUGUCUCUGCCUCUGCCUGGGGCCGAGUCAGCAGCUGGCCUGGUGGGGCCUCCUCUCCUGCAGGAUAGUUUUAACCCACUUAGCACACACACACACACACACAGGCAGUGAUGCCCACCACUCAGGCCAAAUGGGGCACACAAUGAGGUACUUCCCUGCUGUGCCCCUCCACACACACAUACAACAUUGGGGGCAGAGCAAACAAGCUGACCCUCGUUCCAGAACAGUCUCAGGAAAGGAGGUGGGACUGGCCUAACCUGCUUGCCUCACCUUCCUUAGGCUGAGUAGCUCAGCAGACAGAAGUAACAUCUGCUCUGCACCCCAGAAUCACCACUUCUGGACUUGAGGCUCUACAGUCACCAAGGAAAUGUGGCCUCUGAAGACAGGGCUGUGGUUUAAACCUGUCCUAUGCUUCCUGGCAGCACAGGCUUCCACUAGCAAAUGUGCCACAUGGGCCUCACCAAGGAGUCCUGCUGCUCCAGUGUCGUGUGACUCCUCAAGCUGGGACUUACACUGUCACUGUCCCCACUCAAAUAGGGGAACAGACCGCAUACGGUAUAUACCGUGACAUCUUCAGGAUAGCCCCAGGCUGUAUGAAGCUCAUCAAAGCUGUCUGCGACCCCCACCCUUUUUGGCAAUUCUGGAGCCUGAACCCAGGAUCUCCUGCAUGCAAGACAAGUGCUCUGCACUGAGCUACAGCCCAGCCCCAGUGCUGCCCUGAAAGGUUGAGAACACUGGCAUAAAUGAUGGGGCACGGCUACUUGGGGUGGGAGUUUAUACAAAAUAGCCUCUCUGCAAAACUGGAGGGCUUUAUAUCAGGAAAUAAAGCUUUAUUUUUGUAACAAAGCAUUGACAAUUCUAAGUUUUCUAAAUAGAUUGUAUUAAAAAUCAGAAAACACAGUUCCAAAAAGGUACACUUAGAAGACAUGCCCAAUGCUCCUAGGACCUGUAUCCACCAGCUAGGUCAAGGGGCCCCGCAGGUCCACCCCAACAGUGGGCCACCUGAUAAACCCAGAGGAUCUUUCAGUGUUGGGAACAACUUGUCCCAGCAUCUCUGGGUUGACUGUAGCAGCUAGCUACCCAGACCACUGCUGCUGCUGGGUUGGCGGGCCCUGCACCUGCUCCUCCUGCAUUAUGCGCCAUCCUACUGCUCAAGGCUGCCUCUCAGAAAUGAGCGCAGAUGAAUGCAGGAGACACAACCUAGGUUCACAUGCCCCACAGGCCUACAGGAACUAUAAGCAUGCAUCUCUAGCAACUAUUUCAUAUAUACUACUGCACUGACUUUCUCAGGCUAGCAAGAGGCUUAAAGGGUAAAGACACCUGCAGUACAAACUGGCAACCUGAAAUCACUCUCUGGAAGGAGGAGAUCCAUACACACAGCCAUGCUUGCACACACGCUUUCUAUGUAACAUCCCCAGCAGUUUUCCAGAAAAUUCCUGAGCCCUUCUGACACUAAACGCUUAGGACUACACCAACCCAGAAGCAUUCAGUUACCUGCUGUGCCCAUCACCCUUGAGCUUCCCUGCACAGCCCACAAGUCGUUGACACCCCUCUCUCGGGAGCCCUCACCAUAAAAAACACGAUGAAAAGGGGCAGUGGACCCCGCCUGUCUCCUGACAACAUGGAUGCAACUGAACCUGGCACCAUGUUGACUGCAUUCAAGCUCCCAGAGUGCUGCUCUGCAGUACAGUGCCCAACUGGUCAGCCAUUCCAUUUGCUCCAAGGUUCUCUACCUUCUGCAGGCUUGGGUUCCAGGAGGCCAAUACCCACCUGGCUUUCCCUGACAUCUGAGGGACUCGCAAGAGUUUUCCCUGCUUAACCAUCUCCCCAGUCCCAACCUGAUGCUUUCCCUAGAACAGGGUCUCACUUGUAAGCCUUGGUUGGCCUCUGCUCCUGAGUGUGGGGAUUAAAGUACACCACCAUGCCUGGCCUAAGAAAUCUGUAACUGGUUGUGAUCAAUUAGUUUAAACACCACUGUAUGCAGACCAGCCCGAAAACCUCAUGUUUUAUAAAGAACUGUGCAAUUCUUCGGACCAGCAUUAGGUUGAGUCAGAAAGUGUCAACAGCCUGAAGGCUGCAUCCAGCUGCCCUGAUCAGGGCCACAGAUUCCCGGGCCCUGUAUUCUCUCAACUUCAGGUUAGUCUCGCACGCUGCCUCAGAAUGAUCUGAAAUUCUUGUCAGACGCACCCAUGAGAAACCUGUGUACUCAGCAUGCAGGGUCGCAGGACAGGGGUCUAGGGCACUCGCACAGCACCCACCCCCACAGGGGACCCCACAGGUGUCUGCGGAGCCCUGGGGGAAGCAGCUCCCCUGAGCAUUGCUUCUCCACCCCUUCCCUCCACACUCUAGGCUUGACAGACAGACCAUUGUGAGCUCCUGGUCAGAAAACAAACAUUUUAAGCAUCUGACUCUUGACAAUUUUUUCACAAUAUUUAUACUUUAAAUAGAUCUAGAUGUCAGACAGGGUGGGUGGCAGAAGUCACACACAGCAACAAAGGCCGAGGCCACCAGAUGCAGCCUGGCUUGCCUCCCUGGCCACACACUGCUGGCUCUGGUCAUUAGAAGGUCCAGGGCACAGGUGCAGAUCAAGCAACAGAAUUCUGGGGCAUGGCUGCCAGGCACUUUUAAAGCAACAGCCUGCAGAUAUUGAUGGAUGUCCCCAUUGAGAAAGAAAGCCCACUCCUACCAAAGGGUAAGCUCCCCUCCUGGGCAGACUGGGUGUCAGCAUCCCACUCCUCUCAGAGAUCCUAUCUAGUUCAGCCCCAGUCUCAGUGGGCUACAUCAGUGUGGCUGGCACUCAGUGCUCUCAAGUCUGCCAGACAAUUAUUUCAUUCCUGUGUGAAAACGCAAAUGGAAAAUUAUAUUUAACCACACUUCUAAGGAGGUCACCCUCAAGCAAUGAUAUGCAUAGGAAACACUGGGGUUUACAGGUGUAGCUCAGUGUGUGGGUGCAGCUCUAUAGGGUGUAUAUCCUCAUAUCCCAGCACCAGGAAUCAAUCCUUAGCCCCUACACCACCCGGUGCCUUAAGUGGGGCUAGGGUAGCAGCUGGCACCUUAUCAGUUGAAUUCGGGUCACUAAGAGAGCUGUGGCCUCAGGUGGGAUGAACAAGGACUAAGCUCCACAUGCCAGCAUGUCCUUCACAGGAAGUCACAGCUGCUCCAGCUGUCCAGUACGCUCAGAGCACCAAAGAGCACCCAAGAGGGCAGGUGCCAGGACCACUAAAGUGAUGGCAACACCCAGAUGCCAAUCCGGAUGUCUCGGAGACAGGGAAAGCACAACGCCAUUCUGGCUGCAGAGGGAGACGAAGCUCUGCAUUAAGCUGAGACAAAGCCUGGCAUUUGCGGGAGGCUGCACCGGGAACAAGGCAUCCCAGUGACAGCAAUCACACACAUUUUAAUCAUACAAGGAGACUGCCCCAGCUGUGACACUACUUCAGUGACUUCGGUACUUAGCUCAGACUAUUCUUAAAGAUAACCACAUCUGGUACUCUGGGGGCAUUACCAGUGAGUGACAUGCAGUGAGGUACUGCAUAUAAGCCCAUCACAGUGGAGCAUGCUCAAGGGCGGUGGCUAGGGCACAAGCAGGACAGGAUCCUUACUUGGAAGCAAUCUUCUGUGGCUUUGCCUACUACAUAAGAACACCAGAGAUUUUCUUUUGGCUGGGCAGUGGUAGUACACACAUCUAAUCCCAGCACUUGGAGUCAGAGGCAGGCGGAGCUCUGUGAGUUCAAGGCCAACCUUGUCUACAAUAGAGCUAGUUCCAGGAAAGCCAGGGUUACAAAGAGAAACCCUGUCUCAAAAGAAGAACAAAAGAAGGAAGGAAAGAGGAGAGGGAAAAAGAGCAUUCAGAGAACUGACAAGCUUCAUGCUGCUGGACCAGGAUAUGCAAGGACAAACCCAUGAGCACAUUGUUGACCAAAGUAGGAUCACGCUAAAGUGAUCAUCUCGCUCUUGGGGAUGCUGGGGACCACAGGACUUGGACAGUGGGCCUUUCCCUCACUUGGCCUGAACAUGCAUGUCCUUUAACUAGAUUUAGUGCCCAGGGGAAAUCCCAGCAUUUCUCUGCAUAUUUUACAGCAUUAAUUCUUCUUAAAUGCAGCAAAUACUACUACCUUCUGAACCUGCCUCACCAGGGCAGGAAGUCUGCAGCCUGUCAGGUGAGCCUGGGGCUCUCAGAGGGCCUAUUACCACAGCACAAACUCUAGGCUCACUGUGAGGUCCAGAUGCAUAAACAUAUUCCAUAAUUUUUGGUAAAUUAAUAGGAAAAGCAGUUUAACUAUUAGCAAGAAAAACUGUAAAGUCUUUUUUCUACUGAGAGGCCAGGUGUGUGGUGCAUUCCUUUAAUCCCAGCACUCAGAGGCAGAAACAGGUGGAUCUCUGGAGGUUGAGACCAGCCUGGUCUACAGAGUGAGUUCCAGGAUAGCCUGGGCUACACAGUGACCCUGUCUCAAAAAACAAAGCAAACAACAAACAAAAAAGCUUUUUUUUUUUUUUUUUUUUUUUUUUUUUAGGAAAAGCAAUUGAACCCUGAGGCUGGGCAUGGCACGCACACCUACAGCCCCACGGUCUUGAGUGUGGACUACACACACCUCAAGUAAACACAGAAGCCAGAGACAGACAUAGUAAACACAGGCUGGCCCUGAGGCCUGGGCUCACAAGACCUCCAAAGAUGGGGAUGAAGACCAGGACACAGCCUAUGGGUCAAAGAUGCUAUGCACUGACCACAGCAAACAGCUAGCUCUGUUCGAAUCUACUGGAGCAGAAGCUUGAGGACCAAACGAAAAACCCCCGUUUCCACACAAUCAAAUGCUGCUGGAGAUCUGACAGGCUGCUGCGCUGUCUGCUUUCUGAGGUUCUUUGAGACAGGGUUUCUCUGUGUAGCCCUGACUGUCCUGGAUCAUACUCUGUAGUGAAAUAGGAUUAAUUUUGUGGUUUGGACUGAGGCCUGGAACUCAUUGAGUGGAGCAGGAUGGCCUUGAACUCCAGAGGGCUGGGUUCAAAAGCCUUGGGACCACACCCAGCCCAGCUGCUCUCAGUGAAGGCCAAAGAAAGCUGCACCAGUUUGUCUCUCAGUUUCCUCUUUCCUCCUAAGACACGGCAGCAAAGUGGCCCCUAUGCAGCCUGUCUCUGAUCCCCUGGAAACUACUAGGCUCUAAGUGUCCCAGCGCAGGCAAGCAUGGACGCUGGAGCUAACAAGAGACACCUCAGUUUCACAUGUCAUAUAGCACAAAACCCAAGUCACUGAGAAACAUCAGCACAGAAUGUGGACUUGUACCUCACAGUCUGGCUGCUUAGGGGCCACAGCAUUAAACCACCCCACUCUGUGAGGUGUGGCCACACACUGCUGCUGGUUGUUAGCACGGUAAGCCAUAGGAAGAUGGAAAAGAGGAAACUCCCAAGCACUCCCUCUUGAGCAGGGCAUUCCGGAACUGACUUUGCACACUAAGAGUUUCAGUCAGAGGAACAGAACUGUUACUCAGGCCAGGUUUGGGGUGCAGACCGGCAAUCCCAGCUAUUCAGGUGCCUGGCAAAGGAGAAUCACAAAUUCAAAGCUUACCUGGCUCAAAAUUAAAAUAAAAGGGGGGCUGGAGAGAUGGCUCAGUGGUUAAGAGCACUGCCUGCUCUUCCAAAGGUCCUGAGUUCAAUUCCCAGCAACCACAUGGUGGCUCACAACCAUCUGUAAUGAGGUCUGGUGCCCUCUUCUGGCCUGCAGACAUACACACAGACAGAAUAUUGUAUACAUAAUAAAUAAAUAAAUGUUUAAAAAAAAUUAAAAUAAAAGGUUAGCCAGCCCUGUUAGGUCUGAGGUAGUCCAUAUAUCUAGGAAGGAGCUCAAGCUGGACUAUAGGAGGAUUUCUGGUCACUAGAUAAAAGCCGGCAUUCCUCAGGAACUUGAGAAACUGGUUCCCAUCUGCCAAAAGGAGUCACUUCCCUCACCUCUGGCUCAGGGACACAGGACUACCUGUGUGGUGCCUAUGAGCUUCUCAAAGCCCAUGCUGGUAUCCAGGCUCCCUCAGAACCACAAGACGCUCCACAGCUACCCAUCCUCCUUACAACGGGCAUGAUCUGUCCACCAUGGAGCCCCCUCUCGGCCUCACUAUCUCCACUACUCUCUCCUCUCCCGAUGCCCUGGCCCUGGCCAUGUCCAGCCCAUUUUCAUUUCUCCCUGCUCUGGGUUCUCCCAGAUGCCUCUUGGUAUUUUCUCUUUCAUUCACAAUAGAAACCUUCCCCCUAAGAAUGUAGCCAUCAAGUCAGCAGUUUCUUUGCUACGCCCCUCACAUACAAGCUCAAGAGUGGGGCAUUUGCGCUGCAAAAAUGUGACCCUGGAUUCUACCCGUAGUACUCUGGCCAGUCUGAGAGAAGCAGCCUAGCAGCCACCGGGCUCCCUCUCAAUGCUUGAAGAAAUGCUUCACACGACAGACACUGCCUUGCUGACCCUACAGACAUUUAGAAGCCUGGGUAGUCAGAGCUCUUCAUCCCAGAAGCAGCUAGCAUGGGUCCCCUCACAGGCAGAGGCCAGCACAAAGUCGUCUGCCCCACAGACUUCCAGGUCCAGUGUUCAGACAAUGGCUCUUCCAGGUGUUCACAAUGGCAUGAACGCCUUGGAGCCUCUCCAGGGGCAGAUGGCCAGCAUACAACCACGAAUAAGAACCAAUGUGUGCUCCCGGCUCAGGCCCCCCUGUCUCCCAGAAUCCACUAUGAACCCAAACAGACUCUGGAGGACACUGGCCAAGAAUGUAACACAGGCAGCCCAGCGCCCUGCUGAGGGCCACGCGGGGAGUGGAAUCGGACCCUAACCUAAUGGCACCGAGAACGAAAGUGGGCACUUUCAGAAGGCACAACAGAGCGGCAGGAAAACACUUCAACUCCCAACAUGUCCAAAGCCCUAACUCAGAGUGGAGCCUGAGGGUCCCGACUGACAGCUUUGAAACUGCACCCCUAAAUCAGCAUCCUGAAGUCUGGGGUGCAGAAAAUGCUGACAAGGCUCCAGAGAAUGUCCCCAAGUGAGGGGCAGCAGGCACCACAGAGACAAGGCACGGGUAGCUUGUCAUAGAGCAGCAGAGUCCCAAGUCCCCUGUGAGCCACUCUCUGGCAAAUCCCCUUGACAACGUGGACAGCACCAGCUGAAGCCCUGUGAUGUCCACACCUUUCCUUCACCAGGGAAGCCCGGAGGUUAGAAAAGCUGCAAAACCACAGAACUCAAGCAUCAUCCAAAACCACUCUUUCCCCAGAAUCCCUGCCCGAGUUGAUGUGAUCACUGCUUCCACGCGGAAGGCGCGUUUGAGGAGUAAAGCCAAUGCCCACUGGGAAGAAAUGAUACCGUGGACUCUCUGUCGACUCAGCAGCUGUUGUAGGCUGUGUGAGCACAUCACAGUGUGGGUGUUCUCUCCUUUGUAUGCGUGUGUGGGGUCCCCAGGUCACCUUCAGGUGUCUUCCUGUCACCCCCUAGCUUGUCUGAGACAGUCUUUGAACCUGGAGCAGGCCAUUUUGGUGACUGGUUGGCCAGGACACCUCCCGGGUCCAAUUUUCUCUGCCUACCCCAGUGUGGGGGUUACACACAUAUCACCAUGCCCCCCCCCCUUUGCGUGGAUGCUGGGAUCUGAACUCAGUUCCUCAGGCUUGAGCAGCAAGCACUUUACUCACCUAGCUGUUUUCCCAGACUGGUUUUCUUUUUAGUUGUGUGUAUAUGUAUGUGUGUACACACACAUCUGUGUGGAGGCCAGAAGACAACUUGGAGUCAGUUCUCUCCUACUGUAUGGCUCCUGAGGGUUGACAGGCCUGCUGGCAAGCCUUUAACCCCUAAUCCGUUUUCACUUUUGGAGUCUCACUGUCCCCUCUGAUGGCCUCUCGAAUGCUAAGAUUACAGGCAUGAACCGCUAUGCCUGGCUCACUUGUCACCAAAGAGGCUUUCUCUGAACAGAAUCGAGGUGCUCCACCAGCUCCCUCUGAAUCCUAGGGCCAGCUUCCCAGCUGCUUCUCAACCUGCCCUGGAAAGGAGUAGGCAGAGUACACACACCAUCCUGAGACCAAGGAAGUCUGCUCUGCGGCUAUGGCGCAGUACAGCAUGCUGGCAGGAAGAGGGCGCUGAGGAGAU